GUCUCAAUAAUAUAAUAGAGAACACUAUUUUCAACCACUGCGUAAAAUGUUCAACAUAAUUUUAAAGUCGGUUAUUUUAAUGUGCGUUAUACUACAGAUAUCUUGUAUGAAUGAAUGCCCUUCUGUUGUCACUUUCAAAGAAUGGCGUGGUUCCGAACAAGCAUAUGAGCAAAAAUUACACCGACCAGUAAAGUGGGUGAUAAUUCAGCACACUGUUACAGAAACUUGUAAUUCGGAUGAGACCUGUGAAAGUAUUGUGCAACAAAUGGACAACUUCUUUAUGAAUCAGUUCGAAAGACAUAUAAGUUAUAAUUUCUUGAUUGGCGGAAACGGAAAAGUUUACGAAGGUGCUGGCUGGAAAUAUGAAGGGUUUCACACAUUGCGUUAUAAUAGUUUAUCCGUUGGUAUAUCAUUUAUUGGAAAUUAUAAUAUUGACGAGCCGACAGAGGAACAAUUGAAAGUAGCACAGAAUCUCAUUAGAUGCGGAGUUAGCGAAGAACAUUUGGUUUCUGAUUAUCAUCUCGUGGGCCACAGACAGCUCGUUCAGACGAUAAGUCCAGGCGAUAACCUUUACAGAGAAAUACAGUCAUGGCCAAAUUUUUUGGCUUCUAAGGAUCCCUACAACCUUUUCCUUUCUAUUGACCCUAAGAUAAAUAGGAGCUAGAAUAUCAGUAUUUAUCAAAUCAGAAAUAAUUAAUUAUAUAUACGAAGUACAUAAUAAAGUCUUAUUACACACUUAAA